AUGUUCUUUUCGCAGCUAUUUUUGUCGAAGAAGGGCGCGCUCGGCCCGAUAUGGAUAGCGGCGCACCUGGAGCGGAAGCUGCGGAAGAAUCAGAUUUACGAAACCGACAUCCCGCAGACCGUCGACACCAUUCUUCACCCCGAGGUCCCCAUCGCGCUGCGGCUGUCGGGGCAUCUGCUGCUCGGCGUCGUGCGAAUAUACUCGCGGAAGGUGGGCUAUCUGUACGCGGAUUGCUCCGAUGCGGUGCUGCGCAUGAAGCAGGUAUUGGCGCGAGCAGCGGUGGACCUGCCCCCAGAGGCGGCAACGGCGUCGUUCCAUGCCAUCACUCUCCCUGAACACUUUGAACUCGAGGAGCUGCUCGCUCUGCCUGACGGCGUGUUCGAGCUGCAACCUGGGGCGGUGGACAAGAGUCUCACCACUCGAGAGCAAAUCACUCUACCGGAGCCGCCGCCUGUUGAUGAUGGCUACGCGUUUGGCUCGCAGUAUCGACUGGACGGAAAGCUGCCUCAAAAUGCUCGUCGUCUCGUGGCCCUGCUCCCCUCGCCCCCACUCGAUGCAGAGCAAUUCGCGGUGGUGGAGGAGGGUGCGGUGAUGCGGCUGGUGGAAGAAGGCGAGGAGGACGGCGAGCCUUGGCUUCCCCGUGACGUGGCCCACGAGGAGGCACGAGAGGGAGGCAAGGCGGGAGGGGAGGCGGCGGCAGCGGAUGAAGGGAGGGAGGCGGAGGAGGUGGCGGAGGAGAGGGGGAUGGGGGGAGAAGGGGUUGUGGGGGCGGGGGGGGCGUAUGAGCCUGAAGCGGGCCUGGAGGGGUAUGAGCCUGAGGCAGGGCUCAUGGAGCCCAUGGAUCUGGACAUGGGGUUUGGCGCGGGGAUGGAGAUGGGUGGCGAUGGGUUGGGGAUGGGUGGAGAGGGGCGAGGAGUGGUGGGGGAGGAGGGAGUGGAGGCAACGCAGCCAGUGGAAGCAGCACAGGAGGAGGCUGAGAGGCGGGAGGUGGGGGCAGCAGGGGCGGCAGGGGAAACAGCAGAGGCAGCAGCAGGGCAGGAAGCAGGAGAAGCAGGGGCAGCAGAGACAGCAGAGACAGCAGCAGCUGAGGCGGCAGCAGGGGCAGAAGAAGGAGCAGAGAGAGGGGCAGGGGCCGCACAGGCAGAGGCGGAGGCAGGGGCAGAAGGAGGGGCAGGGGAAGAAGGGGAGGAGGUACCGGAGGUGGAGGUGAGGCGAGCAGAAGCCAUGCCUGCUGACCAUGAUGCGCGCUCCCUAGAAGCCGCUGAAGCUGCUGCUGCCGCUGCUGCUCCUGCUGCUGGUGCAGCAGGAAAGGGGUCUGUGCCAGGCACACCACGGGCUGACGUGGCGGAGGCGAGGGAGGGGGAGGCGAGGAGAGGGGAAGAAGAGGCAGGGGAGGCGGGGCGCAUGGGCGGGAUGGUUACCCCUGGCGGGUCUGUAGGGUUUGCCACGCCCUCUGUGGGCAUUCCAGCCAUCCCCACGCCAGACUUUGCACUCGCUCCCACGCCCACACCCACACCUGCACCCGCACCCGUGCAAGAGGAGGACCAGGCCGGGCCUGAACACCACGCUGCAGCUGCCGAGCCUGCUGAGGCUCCCGAGCCUGCGGACGAGGCUCGGGCGGGGCUGCCUCCAAGGCCCCCGAGGCGAGGGCAGGCAAAGAGGAAGCGAGGGGCAGCAGCAGGAGGGGAUGGUGUGGGGACGGUCUUAGACUCGCUCACUGUGCUGCCCUCUGAAACCAUUCGCCAGCAGCUCAUCUCCCCGGACGACCUCGUGAGGAAGCGCCGCAAAGCCCCGCACACGCCGGUCCAGCUGGCAGCGCUCCAUUGGUCCGUGGCGGGCGUGGAGGGCCUGCAGGAGCCGGCUGUAGCACAGACUGUAUCACCGGCUGUAGCGGUGGGUCUUGCAGGGGGUGAAGCACGGGUAACAGAUGGUGGGGCGGCAGAUGGGGUGGCCUAUGCGUUUGCAGCAGAUGGUGUGGCGGGAGUGACAGCUGCAGCUGCUGAUGGUAUAGCUGAAGGGGAGGAGGGGGCGGGUCUUGGUGUUGCAAGAGGCACUCCGGCUCAGGCCCCUGAUGGAGAAGAGGGGGCGGGUUGGGUGCUGCGCCCUCACACCACCCCGGACAGUGCUGCUCCUGGGUUGGAGGGUAUGCCUGCUGUGCCCCCCACGCCCUUCACCCCCGGCUCUCCUGCUGCUCCUCUCUCCCCUGUCGCUCCUCUCUCUCCUGCUGCAAGUGGCGAGGGAGUAGCAGCAGGCGCAGAGGCAGAGGCGGCAAGAGGUGCAGAGGCAGCUGAUAAUGGUGCAGCUCCCGCUGAUGCUCGUGCUGCUGAUACUCAUGCUGCGGACGCUCAGUCCUUCCCUGCUGCUGGCGUCACACCAUCCACAGAGCCUUAUUUCCCUCCGAUGGACGCUGGGCUGAUGGAAGCCCCGGAGGAGGGGGCAUCGGAGGAGGAACGCGAGGGCAGCAGAGGAGAGGCAGUGGCAGAGGAGAGGGGGAGGGAAGCGGCAGCAGAAGGGAGGGGGAGAGAGGCCACUUUAGCAGCACUGCAUGUGUCGGAAGAGAACUUUUACUUCCUCAGAGAUGGAGGCGACAAAGAGGUGGACGAGUGGGACCCGAUGGGAUCAGGCAAGCGCAAGGCAGCAGCAGCAGAGGGGCCCACAGAUGACUUCUCCAGCUGGAGCUGGCGCACCAGAGGUGCUGCCAAGUUUCUGCAGCAUUCGUUGACAGCUCUGGCGGAGCAGCAGGCACUGGCGGGCAAUGGAAGGGGGGGAGCAGCAGCAGCAGCAGCAGUGGGGACAGAGGAAUCGGUGGGGGUGGAGUCGGCGCGAUCGCAGCCGUCGGUGUCGCUGCUGGCGGUGGUGAAGGGACGGCCGAGACGAGAGGCUGCUCGGAUGUUCUUUGAGACCCUCGUGCUGAAGACGAGGGACUUCAUUCAAGUGCAGCAGACAGAGCCCUUCGCCGCUGUAACCAUGGCGUCCGUCGCUCAACGAGCAGCAGUUGCUGCCAGCUCAGUCUCUCAAAUUGCCUCGUCAGCACGCAAUGCCUCGUCCAGGCCCACCGCGACCUGCCACGUGGCGUCCCCUCGCGUCCAUCUCGGAUCAGAUUUUGUCUCAAAAUCCGCAUCUUCCGCCUUCCAAGGCGUUAGAAUCACACUCGCUAAGAGCCAAUCCAGCCGCAAUUCCCGCUCCGCAUCUCGCGCCGUGGUCGUCGCGGCCGGCGGUUCCGCGAAACUCCCGUCGCUGAACGAACUCCCGCUACUGAGUUACAUCAACCAGCAGGGUCGUAUAGUCCCUCCCGUCGAGCCGGGAACCACGGCGUCCGUGUUCGCUGUACUCGAUAAGAACAAGAAGGUGCAGUAUAUCGGGUUCUCCAAGGACGUGCGCAACUCGCUGCGAACGCUCAUGGGACGGCGCCCCGAGUUCUGCUACUACUACAAGCUGUACAACCUGUCGACCAUGGACCAGCAGCAGAUGAUUGACAUCCGCGCGCAGUGGUUCUCGGAGAUGGGAAUUCCGCCCGUCGGCAACACGGAUCCCGUGCAGAGGGGGUACUGGGAGCGGCCUGCGGACGCUGGGUCGAUCUCGGAGAGAGGCAAGGUGGCGGCGGCGCAGUCCAAGGCGAAGACGCUGCUGCAGAUGAUGGUGGACCGCGGCCUCAAGGAGGAGAUGGAGUAUGACCCGAAGCUCAUUGAGGAGGGCAAGUGCGACGUGCUGCCGUCCAAGUCGCAGUCAGCAGAGGAGCUGGCGGCGGCAGCAGCGGAGCAGGAGGCGUCAGCAGCGCGCGUGGUGCACAUCAGAGAGACAGCGCCCUCCGGGGAGGUGAUCGAGUUCGACCUGACCAUGGACGCCAAGAUCAAGACCAACGGCGGGUGGAUGUACGACCUCUACGUCACCAAGGAUGACAAGGAGACGCGCCACCGCAUCGUGCUGGGGAGGGUGUACUCCGAGGCCGUCAACCUGCCUGAGGAUGCUGUCAUUGCCAGGAUCAUUGCGUUCCUCCUGUACAAGCGCAUUCCCAGGCAGACGGAGGGUGUGCUUACAAGCGACCAGUUCCCCAUCAACUACUUUGCCGUGUCGGAAGUGGCACAGAAAUUCGCGGAGCUGGGGGAGUGGUUCCCCGGGGGAGACCUGCCGGACAACUACUGGCGCUUCAACCGCAUCCAUGAGUACGGCAAUGUCACCGCGCCUGUUUCCACACAGGAGGCGCCGCAGCUGUACUCGCCAAAGUAUUAA